AUGCAAGCGAAUGCGCAACGUUGGAAAAUGUAUACCAAAUUACUUGUAUUCCAUGCAUUGAUUGCAUUAACUCUCGCUGAUGUAAGUCACAUAAGCCGGGAAUAUUUGCCUCCAGUCGCUGAAAAUAAAUACCUAACGCAUAUUCAGCAAACAGAGCCACAACAACAACAAAAGCAAUACAAAUACCAGCACGUGCAACAUGAUGCAGUGUUAAGUGACGAAGCUGCCAAUGGAAAUGCGCUUGCCUCAAUAGAUGUGCGGGAAUCGAAUGAUGGCACAGACAGCAAAUCAGCUAGCGAUCCAUUCAUUCAGCCUGGUUUGGGUAGUUUUCCCAGCGUCGCACCAACGUACCCAGGCCAAGGUUUUGCUUAUCCAGGUUAUCCAGGACAAGGCUUCUCAGGAGCUGGUUUCCCCGGAGCAGGAUUUCUAGGCCAAUUUUUCCCCGGAUCAGGUUUUCCUUAUCCCGGUUAUCCAGGACAGUUUCCAGGGCAAGGAUUUGCCGGACAAGGCUUCCCUGGAGCUGGUUUCUCCGGAGCAGGCUUUACUGGUCAAGGUUUUCCCGGGCAAGGCCUCCCGGGACAAGGCUUCCCCGGACAAGGUUUUCCCGGGCAAGGUCUCCCGGGACAAGGUUUCUCUGGACAAGGUUUCCCCGGACAAGGUUUCUCUGGACAAGGUUUCCCCGGACAAGGCUUCCCCGGACAAGGCUUCCCGCCGCAAGCUGGCGGAUUCUCUGGCGUACCCUAUCAAACAGCUAGUCAGCAACAGCCAAGCGGAUCGAACGCUCCACCCACAUCCGGCUACAACGAACGCGUACAAACGGCACGCAUAGCCAGCGAUACGAUUUAUGAUGCAAACGGCGGUUAUGUCUACGAUAAGCCAAAAUAA